UUUUCGCAGUUCUCUGAAUCUACUAGUUACGCAACCGCAGCAGCCGGGAACGGAGCGCUACCGUCGAGCAGGCAGCCAUGGUGAACGUACCGAAGACAAAGAAGACCUACUGCAAGAGCAAGGAGUGCAAAAAGCACACCUUGCACAAGGUCACCCAGUACAAGAAGGGGAAGGACAGCUUGGCUGCGCAAGGGAAGCGUCGUUAUGACAGGAAACAAUCAGGUUAUGGAGGUCAGACGAAGCCCGUUUUCCACAAGAAGGCCAAAACCACGAAGAAGAUUGUGUUGAGGCUGCAGUGCCAGGGUUGCAAGCACGUCUCCCAGCACCCGAUCAAGGUACGUUGGGUUCUCUUAUACAACAAGCCUGUUACGGAAUCUCUCGAUAUGCAUUCGAAAUGGUAAUCUUAAUUCUUUGCUUGUUGUUUUUUGGUCUUGCUGUGUGCAGAGGUGCAAGCAUUUCGAGAUUGGUGGAGACAAGAAGGGGAAAGGAACAUCUCUCUUUUAACAGUGGACAGAUGCAAAUGUGCUUUUACCAAGUUGAACCCAUUGUUUACUGUAGUUCAAGAAUGUAGAAUCAUGACGAACAAAGCUUAUUAUUAUGACGAACAAAGCUUGGUUCAACCUCGAACAGUUGAGUAUGCUCAUGCAACUGACUAAAAGUCAAUUUUGUUACCAUCUACCCUCCUGUUCGAAACAAAAGCCGAUCCUUUUCUUUCCAUCUAUGAAUGACGGGUGCCAUUGAGAAGGAAAGCUUGAGCUCUCUUCUCAUACUUGAAAUCAACAUCCGCCGCAGCAGAAGCAUCCGCCGAGAAGAUCAUAACUCCAUUCACCCCAAAUCCAUUCCUCUCCAGCAUCGCCAGUGCGUCAAAAAACCCAUCCCCCUGAAUUCCUCUCCCCUUCACCUCGUAGCUCGGCAGCAGCUUACGCUUCCCAAACUGCUUCGCCCGCACCCGAAACGCGCUCAGAGCCAAAUACGGCGCCACGGUGGCGUGGAACGGCGCGAUCGUGGCGACGGAGAUCGAAUUCUCCCGCUUCAGCCGCGCGAUGAGCUCGCCGACGCAGUAGGCGAAGCUGUCGUCGUCGUCGGCCUCGCUCCGGCCGAACGUCUCGUAGUCGACGUCGAUGCCGUCGAGGUGGUAGGUGGCGAUGAGGGAUUGUAGGGAGGAGACGGCGUUGGAGAUCCAUUGGGCCGGGGAUUUGGGCCGGCGCCAGCGGAGCACUUUUUCGCCGAUGCUCCACCCGCCCAGGCUGGCCAUGACUUUCACUGUUGGGCCGUGGCGGGCCUUGAGGGACGAGAUGGACUCUGGGGUCAGGCUUUCGGCCCAGUAAGGUUUGAAUUUCCCGUUGAGUGGUUUCCCGGAGAAGUCGGCGUCGAUGGCGAAGCCGAGGAUGAAGUGGAAGUUGAUGCCGGGGCGGAUCGGGACGGCGUGGAAGUUGAUCGGGGAGCCUGUGGCGCCGAUGUACUCCAUCAUUACCUUCGCGUCGGCUUUGCGGAUUGUAAUUGAGGGAACGACGGUGGAGAGGAGGAGGAGGACGGCGUGAUGGAUCCAUGGCUUGUUCAUUCUCUUCUUCUGGUUCUUGUUGAGUUGAGUUGUGACACUAAGAUGUGUGAUGAGGUAUGGUGAUUAGAUGAUAUAUAGGGUUGCGUAAUAUUAAUUAAUUAGUUAGUUAAUUAGCUCGAACGACAAACAAUGAAAGGAGGGUUACGUACGUUGUCGGGGAAGGUUAGGGAGGAAGUAGAAGUUGAACUUGCAGACUCUUUUGAUUUUGACAGAGUUUGGGAAUCAUUGGAUGGUGCUUGGCCGCAGUUUGUCGAUUUAUUUAAACUUUCGAUUUGGACAAAAUAGUAAUCAAGAUUACAAAAAAAAAAAAGUUAUUUGUUAA